GGUGGUCACGGCCGAGGUGAGGAGGCUGGAGCGCACCCCGGUGCCGGCGCCGGCUCGGCUGGUGCAGCACGCGCCGAGGGCUCCCGUGGUGCUGACGGAGGCGAGGCGGCCGGACGUGGGGCGGCCGGAGGCCGCGUGCGUGGACGAGAGGGCGGACGACUUCAUCCACAAGUUCUGACAGCAGCUGCAGCUGCCGGCCGCGAGGAAGCCGGCGAGCAAGACGGGCAACGAGGCGGAGAAGGCGGCCAGGGCGAAGGUGGCGACCAAGAAGGCGGUCACGGUCGAGGUGAGGAUGCUGGAGCGCGCCCCGGUGCCGGCGCCGGCUCGGCUGGUGCAGCACGCGCCGAGCGCUCCCGCGGUGCUGACGGAGGUGUCUCUGCACGCUGGCCGCCGCAUCUCUGCCCGCUGGCCGCCGCCGCCGCAUCUCUGCCCGCUGGCCAGCCAUGUCUCCUUCCAAUCCGGGGAAGGAAUUCAGGGACCUGGUGCUCAGGAGCAGCGAGCUCGCCACGCUCGCCGCCAUCUUCCACUUCAGGGGCACCAAGCCGAGCUACCUUGGUGUGGAGAAGAGCUCAUGUACAAGUAUUUAUUAGGGAGAGAUUUGCUGAGAUAUCACAUAAAUUCCCACUUACAGAUCAAUCAAGUUGUGUUCUUCUGCCGUCUCAUGGAAGGGACUUCAUCUAAAGCUAUUGUAAUUCUUGCAACUGGAGACUGUCUUGGAGUUGCACUAGGAGAGCCAAAAGCUAUACCAUGGACACAAUUUUCUCCCAUAAGAUGUGGAGCUGAUAACUGGGCGCAUUUCGAUGUUCGCCCAAAGGACAUUGGCCUGUGGCCUAAAAAUCUGGGUUGGGUUAUUGGACCUAUACAAUUAUUGUCAUGCUUUUUAAAUGAUAAAGGGCCUUCUUUAACUAAAUUGAUUAGAUAGAAAUAUAUAAUGCAAAGGGACACGAGUUUGACCCAGAGUAUGAUAAUGAUGCUGAGCAAACCCUCACAGAGAUGGAAUUUAAAGAAACUAUUUUGGAAAGUCAACUCAAGGUACGUGCAUUGUUGGAUUUAAUUGUCAAUGUUUGUAAACAACAAUGAUGAAAUAGUUUGUUUGUAGAAAAUGAAUAUUUUGCAGUAACAUACAUUUAUUUUACGCCUCUAUUUUUUAGAGGAUCAUCAUGGAAGCACCUUAUUUUUUGCUCCUAUUAAGUAAUAUUAGGAUGAAAGGGGAUCCAUGUUCCUAUUAAGUAAUAUUAAGCAUAGCUCGAAUGACAAAUUUUUACUGCAGACUUUCUAUUACGUUGGACAAAUUUUUGCUCAAUUUUUCUGAAUCUUCACCUCGGAUCUCUGUCCUUUAAGAUUAGCUUAAAUGACAAAUUAGCUGCAACCUUUCUCUGUAAGUUCAGAACUGGAUAUAAUAAAUGGUGUGUGAUGGCACUGGGGUAGGUUCUGCCCGUUGCAACGCACGGGCAUUUGUACUAGUAGCUAUAAAAUUAAAUAG